GCGUGGGGCGGAGGGAGCGCGGGGAGCGGAGGCCUCUUCCCGGCCCCGCCAUGGCGGCCCCGCUCGGUACCGGCGCCCGCGCCCAGGAGAUGGGGCAGGAGAAACAGGCCAUGCAGCACAAGGACCCCAUGGCCCUGGAGCGAGCAGAAGAGCUCAAACUCAAAGCCAAAUACCCCAACCUGGCCCAGAAACCCGGGGGCUCCGACUUCCUCAUGAAGAGGCUGCAGAAAGGGCAAAAGUACUUCGAUUCGGGUGACUACAACAUGGCCAAGGCCAAGAUGAAGAGCAAGCAGCUGCCGAGCGCGGCGCCGGACAAGACCCUGGUGACGGGAGACCACAUCCCCACCCCGCAGGACCUCCCGCAGCGCAAGUCCUCACUCGUGACCAGCAAGCUGGCGGGGUAACCUGGAGCCCUGCCUCCCCUCCUCGCCUCCUGCCUCUGCCCCAAUGGAUUGAACCUCGCUGUACCCCAG